CGACCAUUUUUCUGGCAGCCUCGCUAAAACAUGGCUUCUGGAGCCGCCAGCCUGGUCUCCGCCAUCGCCAGCAAAACUAAAACGAAGAAAAAGCACUUCGUGUCGCAGAAGGUGAAGCUGUUCCGCUCCAGCGACCCGCUGCUCAGUGUGCUGAUGUGGGGAGUGAACCACUCGAUAAAUGAGCUCAUUCACAUUCAGAUCCCUGUUAUGCUGAUGCCUGAUGACUUCAAAGCCAGCUCCAAGAUUAAAGUGGACAAUCACCUCUUUAACAAAGAGAAUAUGCCAAGCCAUUUCAAGUUUAAGGAGUACUGUCCUCUUGUCUUCCGAAACCUUAGGGAGAAGUUUGCCAUUGAUGAUCAGGAAUAUCAGAACUCUCUGACGCGCAGUGCACCAAUCCCCAGUGACUCUCAAGGUCGCAGCGGUGCCCGCUUUCACACCUCCUACAACAAGAAAUACGUCAUCAAGAUCAUUACCAGUGAAGAUGUGGCUGAGAUGCACAACAUCCUGAAAAAGUACCACCAGUAUAUAGUUGAGUGCCAUGGCAACACGCUGCUCCCUCAGUUCCUGGGCAUGUACCGUCUCACGGUGGACGGAGAUGAGACCUACAUGAUCGUCACACGCAACGUGUUCAGCCCCCGACUGCCUGUUCACAAAAAGUAUGAUCUAAAGGGCUCCACAGUGUCUAGAGAGGCUACUGAUAAAGAAAAGCAGCCACGCUCAUCUGAAGACAGCGCUCCGCCCAAGUCUCGCAUGAGCCAAAAACUUCAAACCAUCAGGAUCGCCACACGCUUUUACUGCGCCAUCAGACAUACUAAAGAGCUCCCUACAUACAAAGACAAUGAUUUUAUCAAUGACGGCCAAAAGAUCUACAUAGAUGAGGAGAACAAGAAGAUGUUCCUGGAGAAGCUAAAGAGUGAUGUGGAGUUCCUUGCCCAAUUAAAGCUGAUGGACUACAGCCUGCUUGUGGGGAUCCAUGAUGUGGAACGUGGUGAGCAAGAGCAACCAGAAGAGGAGAUUGAGGAGAACGAAGGAGGAGGGGACGAGGAAGGGGCCGAGAGUGAUGGAGGAGUGACUGGGUCGCCACCUGAGAGUCCCAGUAACACACUUGACAGCACCAAGCCUCUGGGACCUGGAGAAUUUGACCCCAGUGUGGAUGUUUAUGCCAUUCGAAGCCAUGAGAAUGCCCCCAAAAAAGAGGUUUACUUCAUGGCUGUAAUUGACAUCCUCACACCUUACGAUGCUAAGAAGAAAGCAGCACACGCGGCCAAGACGGUGAAGCAUGGGGCUGGAGCUGAGAUCUCAACAGUAAACCCAGAACAAUAUUCCAAGAGGAUUUAUGACUUCAUCACCACUAUUCUGUCCUAACCAUUGCAUGUGGUUGGACCUCAAACCUCAAAGUAACCAUGCCACAAGAAGCUUCUAAUUGGAGAUGAACCCAGAUCUGGAUGUUUACAGUUAAAUACUUUUAUUUCCUUACAAUGCAACUGGUCUAUGGUACCCGCUAUGGACCGACAGAUGUCAUGUAGUUGUGCGUUACACUGUGCUCUUCCUCUAUUAGAUAUUGUUAAGUGACAUUGUAUGUUAAAUGUGAAAUCAGAAAUGCUUUUGUCCUUAUUUCGUCUUUUUAAUUAGACCGGGCCAAUGUUCUGGUCCUGUGUUAAAAUAAUGGAAUAGUCUGGGAUCCCCACUGAUUUGUUAGUUCAUAUUACUGGAUUAGUACACCAGCCCUUUAAAUUAAGAACACAGUGGGUUGUUUUAACUCUUUAACUGAGCAUGUGCACUUUUAAAACCAAGAAACAAAUGUUCAGACUAUGCUGCAAAGUGGACAGUUAAGUUCCACAGGUGAAUUUCUUAUAUAGAUUUAGUGCUUGUGUGGUGACCAUGACAUCACUCUAUACCAACUGGGAUCUGUGGCUUCUUAAGGAUACCACACAGUGCUAAAGAGAGAAGCUGAAUUUGUUUGGUUUGACAUUCUCUUUCAAAAAUAAGUAUUAAAGAAUGAUAAGCCAGCAA